GGCGAAAUUAAAAGGUGGGAGUAGAAAAAAUAUUUUAAUUGUCUGUUGUGAAGUUGGCAACACCGUAACAGAGAACAGCUGUUCUAAAACCAGUGUUGCCCAUAGGUAGAGAAUUCUCCACUAUUUUGAUUGUAGGAUAAUUUGAUAGAUAAUCGGAGACUUUUGUUAUUGUAGAGGAAAAAAAUAUCAAUAUCCCAUUGGAAACACUGAUUCUAAUAUCAAAAUAUAACUAUAGUUAUGGCCACCCUGGUUAUGGCAUUGACCAGCACAGAUUAUAAAGGUUGACCAGGUUAUAGGUAGUUGUUAUUUGUUAUAUGGUUAUAGUGUUUGUUAUGAUUUAUCCUAUACUGUUUGUCUAGGGAACUUGUAAAUUAUUCGUAUAAAAAAUUUAAUGCUUCUACACGUGUUUGUUUGAAUAUUGAAUCCAGAUUAAUAUUCAUAUGAUUCAAUAUUUUGUACGCCAAAUAAUUAACGAAAUACAAAACGUUAAUUUGCGUUCUGUAGGGUUUGGCGCUCAUUUCUUACAAACUAUGGGCGAAACUUAUUUUUCGGUGUAAAAACCCUGUCAAGCUUGCAACUAUUCUUUUAUCAUUAAAUAUAGGCAGUAGAGUUUCCAUACACAAUGGAGCCAAUAAUCGUUAAAAAAGAACCCAAAGAACCAGUUGAUGGUUCUGUAGGUGAUAUUUUGAUGAAUUACAAUAAAUCAAGACCAACCUCUGCUGACCAAGAAAUUCCUUCAACCUCUGAGAUAGCAAUAAAACAAGAAAGCAAAGAGGAAUUGAAUAAUUAUGACAACCCCAUGGAUGAUGAUGAAUUGGAGGUGAAAAAAGGAUUAAAAACAUCCAGAGAUGAAGAAGUUAAAGUGAAAUUUGAAGGCAAAGAAGAAAUGUUGCUUGACAAAGGAUUGGAAGAAAGUUACUGUGAUUAUCCUGAUCAUGUAGAUGAAAGUGACCUUUUAACAUGCAAUAUUAAGGAAGAAGAAAGAGACAGUGACUUUGAGGAGGAUUAUCAUGGGGUUAAAUUUGAUGAGGAAUCAAGGACCGACAGUGACGUUGUAAAUAAAAAACUACUUGCAAAAAAAGAUGUACUGGGAAAACUUAAAUGCAACAACUGUGCUUAUGUAACUAUAAGAAAAGAUCAUUUUAGAACACAUUUAAAUAUGCACAACAGAAAAAAAUACUUAAAAUGCCAUUUUUGUGAGUAUAAGGCUGCUACAUUACAAUCUUUAAAUGCACACGUCUUAAGCAAACAUAAGUCGGAAAAUAAAGGAGAAAAUGAAAUAAAAAUAACAAGUAAAAUACAUACAUGCCCGAAAUGUGCAUAUUCAACUGUUAUUAAAUCUCAUUAUGAUAGACAUGUAAAAGUUUGUUUGAAAUUAAAAAAUGUGAGAUGGUAUAAAUGUCAUAUUUGCAACUAUAAAACCAUCCUAAAAAGUAAUUUAAAUAGUCAUAUCAAAAAUCACAAUCAAAUAAAACAAUUGAAAUGUUUAUUCUGUCAAUAUCAAAGCAAUAGAAAAUCCAGUGUGGACAACCACAUUCUAUUUAAACAUUCGGAUUUAUUAAAUGAAUCAAAUCAAAAUUUAAUCACUUCCAAAGUACACUGUUGCCAACAUUGUAAUUUUAAAACCACACAUGCAAGUGAUUUAAAAAGACAUUUAAAUCAUAAUCAUUGA